AUGAGAUACCACAGCAGCUACGAAGGUGCAAACACCCAGCAGGCUCCCCGGCCCUGUGAGUGGAGCUCCUCUCCUCAUUUGGACAGGACUGAGACCCAGAAUAGGAUGAACUCUACAGAACAAACCCCAGUCCUCCUGAAGCUCAUGUUCUAUGAUGCUGGAGGGGAAUCAGACUCACCAGGUCAGGAGGUGGAAGGAGAGUGUGAUGUGCAGAUCCCCACCUCUUCUCCUCUCCUCUUCCUCAGCGGGGUACCGCUACCGUCUCAGAGGUCUCGCUCUGACUCCAAACUUGCCGCCACCCCCUAUCGUGCGGUGGACCCCUUACGGAGGACCCCUUGCCCUGUCCCCUCUGACAGGCUCUAUGGCCUCUGGAUCCUGGAUCCUGGACCCUGGACCCUGAGGCAGGGCUCAUGCACUGCCUUUUUUCUGAGAAACAUGGAAUCCGAUGAAAUACCUGCUGUGUCCUGCUGCACCUCCUACUGCACCACAGGGAGUGAGAUAGGAGCCCCAUGGGGUAUUGAGUUGGCCCCCAGAAGAGCUGUAUGUCGCCAUGCCCAGUGCCACAACCAUGGCAUCACUGCCCAAAUGAGGGACCACAAGUGCUUCUGCCCCUCCCAGCCCUGCGAAUGUUACAAGUGUGCCCUCCUCUCGGGACACCAAAGGGUCUUCACUGCUGCGGGUUCCUUGAAGAGGGAGCAGGGGGCACAGCUAAAGAGACACCUGGAUCAGGGGCAGAUAAUGAAUGGAGCCGACCCUCCUGAAGCUCACAGCUGUGUCAAGAAAUUGGCCCUCCAAGCAGAAGUCUUCACUGGGAAGAAAAACAUCGUGCUCCAGCCUGAGGCCCACUCCCAGGAGAGCUCCCUGUUACUUAACCAGACCCCAGAACACUUGUCUCUGCCUGGGACUCCAGUGCUCCUGAAUCAGCAACUAACUGUUCCUCCUUCUGGGGAGUCCCAUGGGCCUCCUGACCUGCCCAGCUCAUGGUCAACUCUGAUUCUCCAGCCCUGUGCCACUCUCGACCCUCCUCUACUGCAGCCACAGGUCCCUGGAGCCUUCGACCAGGCUUCAGUAUCUGCCCCAUCAGAGUGGCAACGGAAGCUGGAGGCAGCUGAGACCCUGUUGACCCUGAGAGACCCUCCCAAGGUCCCUUCUGGCUCCAUCUCCCUCCUACAGCCCUGUGGUGCACAAGCUCCUGCUGGAGAUAGAGGACUCCAGCCAGUUAACACCUCUCUCCGACCCAGGCCAGCCAGCUCCAUUUCUCUGCCUGUUGGACAUCUGGGGUGCAUCUCCCUCCUGAGCAGGAACUCCAGAAGAGGAGGCCUCAGUAGAGCACUGAAUAGUUGA